UGUGCAUUGUAGAGAGACGUAGAGUUUUGCGUGCAAAAACAGGGUGAGCCAUCAUGGCUGCCGUUUACAUAGCAAGAGGAGGCCGCGAGGAGAGCAAUGAUGAAGGAUUAUCCUCUGAAAAUAAUCAGGCGGGCACCAAGCGCGUUGUUGCACCGGCAGUGACUCACGCCAAAAAGAUUAAAGUGGAAGAGUCCGGCUGGAACGAGGACCAUAGCAACACUGAGCAAACACCACCGAGACAUCACCCUGAAGCUUCAGCGAUGGACGCAGCCCCAGCCAUAACAAUCAAAGAGGAGCGCAUCGAGGACGACGAAUACAUCCAGAUAAAGUUAGGCAGCGUCGGCGAGAGUUUGGAAGAAAGUACCGAAAACAACGAAUCUGAAAGAGACAACGAAAGCGCCGACGGGGAUUGGCUUUUCCGCUGUGUGGAUUGCGGUGAAGCCUUUGGUCAGGAGGAGGCCUACCUGGAGCAUCAACGUGAGCAUGUCCAUGACGGCCCUAUAGUCUGCCUGGACUCAGACUCGCAAUGGGAUGACCUGCUGGUCUCUGAAGAUGGGGGCCGUCGAACCUUAUGCUGUGCACUUUGUGGGCGUAAAUUCUCCAGUUCAAGGGGUUUUUUCACUCACCAACUCAAGCACCGUAAUGAAGCUCUCAAACGGGAGCAAGGGGCUCCAGUGGGGGUACCCAAGCAACGCAUUUUUGAAUGUGAAGACUGUGGUAAAACCUUUUCCUCUGUGGGCCUCUGCCUCAACCAUCAGCGCUCACACAAGCAGGCCUCCAAGUCCGUUUUUCAUGAGCUCGCUCACCUCAAAAAGAAGUCGUUUCAGUGCCCCACCUGCGGCCGCUGUUACUCUCGCGCUUCGGCCCUAGAUGCCCACCGACUCUGCCAUGAGGUCAAACUGGUUAAAUCCUGCAGCAGUGGCAUGGAGAAGCCAGUCUCCACACAGGAUCAUCCAGCGGAAAAUGGAGACUCUGCUGUCAGGGAGGACAAGACCCACAAACCGCUUUAUGAGUGUUCUGAAUGUGGGCGGGCAUUCCGCACCUUGUCUGGCCUGAGCACGCACCAGAGAUGCAGCUCUCAAACCAAGUGUUCAGGGAAGCCAAAGGAAGAUGCAAAGAGGUCAUUUAAAUGUCCCGAGUGCGAGAAGAGCUUUCACAGCAUCACUGCGCUCGCGGUCCAUCAGCGCUGGCACACCAGACGGGCCCAGAUGAGCAGCAGUGGACAGUCCUUAUCAUGUGAGGAAUGUGGCAAGGUCCUCUUUUCACUCACGUUGUAUCACAAGCACCAGCGGAUAGUGCACAGUGGAGAGACUGCGGCAAAGUCCUUCCUACAUCAGGUGUGCCAGCUCCAGAAGAAGGCCUUUGAGUGUCAAGACUGUGGACGGCGUUUCUCCAGAGCCACAGCACUCCAGUCUCAUCAGCUUUGUCACGCUAAUCCUUUUGGCGAUGUUGUUGAGACAGUAUCCCAGAAGCCAACCCCCACUCCAGCCUCUGCACUUCCAUCACAGAAGCUGUACUUGUGUGACAAGGCAAAGCCUGAACGCUAUGCUAUUGGGACCUUGGUUUAUUCCCAGGACACUCCCCAGGCUAAUGAGAAUCAGGAAGACCUGCACUGCAGCGAAACUAAUGAUACCGCAGUGGUGGACGAGAAUGAAAAUGUCGAUUUCCUUGUGGAGGUUGUAAGUAUGAGUGGAUCAGAAGACUCCCUAACAGAAGAAAAUGAGCCACUGCAGGAAUCAAGCACUGGAACUACAGAAGUGAGUAACUCAGAAAGGGAAGAAAAUAAGGAAAAGAGCGCCCCUCUGACCCCAUCUGGGGAGUCACCCCAUCGAGUAAAAUCAAAAGCAGAGGUUGAUAUAGAAGUUAACUUUGGGCAAAAAGUUGUUGACAGGGAAAAAAUUCCACAGCAAAAGAAGUGGAAGUGGAAUAAGAGUUUUCAGUGUCCUGAGUGUGACCGAAAGUUCAUCAGUGCUAAUGCCGUACGGUGUCACAGGUUGUGGCAUAGAGGACCUAUGGGGCGAGCUGCAAGUAACAAAGUCCGGGACAGAAAUGUUCCCACUGAGAACUGUUUGAAAAGGCGUGUUUUCACAUGUUCAGAAUGUGGUAAGGAGAGUAGCACACUCUCCGCACACCACCACCACCUGCGGAAGCAUGAAGAUCGAAAGCCCUACAAAUCUCUGCUGUACCAACUGGCAGGGUUACAGAAGAACUCCUUCAAAUGUGAAGAGUGUGGCAUGCGGUUUUCCAGAGCGUCUGCUUUGCAGUCUCACCAGCAGCACCACAAAAAGAAAGAAAGACCUCAUAACUGCCCACUGUGUGACAAAUCUUAUUCCAGUCAUGGGGCUCUUUACAACCACCACAAAGCCUGCCAUUCUCGUGGGUACAGUCAAGAUGUAACAGCUAGCACAAAAAAGGAAACAUUCAACCCAAGAAAGACUCUUCUUGGCCCAAAGGUUUACCACUGUGAGAAGUGUGGGAAAGGUUUUUGGUCAUCAGGAGCAUUUUCUCAGCAUAAGCAGCAGCACUGCGGCGAGGUCAAGGAGAAGAGUGACCUUCCUGAAACCCAUGGCACUGUCAAUGGACGUACUCGUUCCCUUACUAAGAAGGGCAUCUGCCCCAUUUGUAGGAGAAGAUUCCGGCACAGGGGGAUUCUGGCAUGUCACAUGAAGCAGCAUCGCUACGUGCCGAAAGACAACCACAUAUGCUUGGAGUGUGGCAAGUCAUACCGCUUGCUUGCCUGUUUCCUUAAGCAUCAGCAAGUACACAACUCUCAAGGCAGCCCACCCCCAGUCAAGUCUUUCCAGCAUCAGGUGGAACAACUAGAGAAAAAUACUUACGGUUGCCCAGAUUGCGGAAAAAGAUUCUCCCGUGCUAUGGCCCUCCAGUUCCAUAUGAGGUGCCAUGGCUUUGAGACAGGCUACCCAUUUUCACCUUUGUCUGAAUCCCCGUCUAAGGCAGAUGUAUUUCAGUGUUCACACUGUCCUGCACAUUUCUCCAGUGAAACAGAAUUACAGGGUCACCUGAGUGAAAAACAUGUUUGCAACCAGAGUGAAGUGAACGAGGGCAACUUGGAUGGCAAAGAGCAAAGAGGUUAUGGGGACCUUUCGCAGUUCCCCAGCCAAGGGCAGGCUAGUGUGUUUGCAGAGAGUGAGGUCACAUCCUCACUGAUGUCUUUGCCUCAUACUGCAGUCAAGUCUGUCAAUUGUGGGAAAUACCAGUGCAAUGAGUGUGGGAGGAGCUUUUCAGUUGUUGGAGCUCUGAAUUUCCAUAAGAGAAUUCAUCUUAAGGAACAGACUGCUACAGCUGACUCCAAACCUCCAGUGCCUGAAGUUCAGGAGCCCAAGAGUAAAGAGGAAGGCAGUGAAAAUAAAGGCCCAUACAUUUGUCCAGAGUGUGGAAGGACUUUUGGUACUAAUUCGGCUCUUGGUACACACAGACGGUGGCACACAGACAAAAAGUUUGCAAGCAGUUUAUCAACUGAUAAGCCUACCUCCAGGAGGGACAGGACUGUGAAUGAGGGGCCCUUCCGCUGCAACCAAUGUGGAAAAGGAUUCUUCUACUUUUGCGUCCUUCGACGACACCAAAUGCAUCACCCAUCAGCUGAAGCUGAGACACAGUCAGAAUUUACACCUGAUUCCACUCAGGUGGUAGAUGGCAAACCGUCAACAAGCAAGCUGUCUUGUCCAAAAUGUGACAAGACUUUCUCUCGUGCCUCCUUCUUAGCUGCACAUUAUCAGAGUCACCAUGCCAAAGCGUCUGACUGUGUGCAGUGCAGCCUGAGCUUCUCUUCAGAGCGGGAUCUGUUGAAACAUCGUCACAAGGUUCAUUCCAGUGAAGAAUCUGACCAACCUGGCCAGCCUGACUCUGAGAAGCCUACUGCCAUAACUUCAAAGAAACAUAAACUCAAGCCUCAUGGUUGCCCUGACUGUGGUAAACGCUUCUUCAAGGUUAGAGGUCUGCGGGCACACAGAUGGCAGGCACACCGCAAGACUCAAAAGACUGCGGGUUCCUUGAAGCCAUUGCUGAAACCCUUUACAUGCACUGGGUGUGAGAAGCGAUAUAGUUCUCAGGGGGCACUCUAUAAUCACAGGAAGAUCUGUGUAGUGUCAAAGAGGAAAUUUAAAGGUCCAAAGACAGUGGAGGAGGAUGAUCUACUACCGUAUAGAACUUCAGAGCAUACUAGAAAAUUCCUCUUUAAGUGUCAUAAGUGCGGCAAAGAUUUUCCCAGCAUUGACAGACUAGAGGCCCAUAAGGACAUAGCCAAAAGCAGGCCGUAUUGCUGUGCGCUCUGCUGCCGUGGUUACUGGAGCGAGACACAGCUGCAGCAGCACCUUGUUUGGCAUGAUGAGGUACGGCGACGUUUGCCAGCGGAUCUACGAUACAGACUGAGCACAUACUCCUCACCCGCUGGGGCUGUUUCUAACUCUGUGGGUCAUGUUACCCAGAAUCAUCUAGACAUAAUUCCGGCUCCAUUUAAGCCCCCCUCAGUACCCACUGCCGCUACUCAUUCACCACCAUGUCACAAGUGCCCACACUGUGGAGAGGCAUUUCAGACAUUCCUUGCCUUACAGGAGCAUCAGACACUGCACGGUAGUAAUGAACGCUUCCACUGCUCUCUGUGUCCACGGACCUUCAGUCAGAUCCACGAGCUCAUCGAUCAUCACCAGGAAUGUAUGAGUGAUGACAGAGAGCAGAACGAGAGUGGAAAGGACCCAGCCUUGGUAGCUCCACCAAAAGGCAUCGAUGGCCUAACAUGCAUUGAAUGUGGACUCCCUUUUAGCAAUGAGAUGGAACUGCACCAGCACUAUAUUGAGCAUGCUCGUGGAGAAUACUGA